AUGCCAGCGGAUAGAGCAAUGUCUCGUAAUCUAAAAAGUUCAGGCAAAGGUUCUAAUUCUCGCAUUCAAGUUAGUGGGCAGUCACUCCCCCACAACCCUCAACAUUCAACCAGUGAUUCUCUUAAACAACAACGUAAGAAGCGAAACCAAAUUGCUGACCAAGUUCCUCAGUCCCAGCAACCCAGGCAAUCAGUGUUCGAGCGACUGGGCACUAAAAACUCUGGAACUGCGCCAAUACCGAGAUCAGCAAAAACCAGAAAGGAAACCAAAGACCAUUCGUCUGGCAAAACCAGGCGUUUCUCAGAAUCUCGGCAGGCCGAACGUGAGCUGUCUGAUGGAGAACUUACGCAAGAUAUUGGAAAGAUAAAGGACCGACAACCCGUUGAAGUUAGGUCUAAGGCAGAUGGAGGUUUUAAUAAGAGCUCGUCAGAGUAUAAAACUGAUGACAAUACUAAAA